CUGCACAUAGGCAGAAUUGGCGAGAAACUAGUUCGCCUUCCUUCGGGAACCCGUGCAUUCUGGUCUCUCGCCAAGGCUGUCCAAGGGAAUUUCUGUAAGCCAUCACUACCAUCUCUGCACAGGGAGGACGACUCACUGGCCCAAGACGCAAAAGACAAAGCCGACCUUAUAGGCUCCCUUUUUGCGUCCAACUCGACUCUUGAUGACGGGGGGAAAAUACCGCCGACCAUCCCGCGGUGCGAGUGCUCCAUGCCGGAUGUGCUAUUCUCACAGCGCUCUGUUCGCAAAGCACUUCUCUCCCUGGACAUCCAGAAGUCGAGUGGGCCUGACGGAAUCCCCCCAAUUGUGCUGAGGACGUGUGCUCCGGAGUUGGCACCGGUCCUAACGCGUCUUUUCCGGUACUCCUACUCCCAAGGCGUAGUCCCGAAUUCAUGGAAGACAGCUUUUGUCCACCCGAUCCCUAAAAAAGGCGACCGCUCAGACCCGUCCAACUAUAGGCCUAUCGCGAUCACCUCCUUGUUCUCCAAAAUAAUGGAAUCCAUUAUUAACUGCCAGCUCAUCCGGUACCUUGAGGAUCACCAGCUGAUUAGUGACCGCCAAUACGGUUUUCGUCGGUGUCGAUCAGCUGGUGAUCUUCUGGUUUACUUGACCCAUAGAUGGGCGGAGGCAGUAGAGUCCAAGGGGGAGGCGUUGGCCGUUAGUCUGGACAUUGCGAAAGCCUUUGAUCGGGUUUGGCACAAAGCGCUUCUUUCAAAGCUGCCUUCCUAUGGGCUUCCCGAGAAAUUGUGCAAUUGGAUCACCAGCUUUCUUGCAGAUCGGAGCAUCAAGGUCGUUGUAGACGGUGCAUGUUCUGACUACAAGCCUAUUAACGCUGGUGUUCCACAAGGCUGUGUGCUAUCACCAACGCUGUUUCUUCUGCAUAUCAAUGAUAUGUUGCUAACUGGUAACAUUCAUUGCUAUGCGGAUGACAGCACUGGUGAUGCUCUAUACAUCGGCCGGGCCAAUAUUUCUCGGGAAAACGUCGCCGAGUACCGGAACAAACUUGUGUCUGAAGUCGAGUCUUUGCUGGACAAAGUCUCGGAUUGGGGGCGACUAAAUCUAGUCCAGUUUAAUCCUCAGAAGACACAAGUUUGCGCGUUUACCGCUAAAAAGAACCCCUUUGUCGUAUCUCCUCAGUUUCAAGGCACUCCCCUUCUUGCCUCAGCCAGUAUCGGUAUCCUCGGAGUCGACAUAUCGAGUGACGUGCAGUUUCGUGGUCACUUGGAAGAGAAGGCCAAAUUGGCCUCUAAAAAGCUUGGCGUGCUCAGCAGAGCGGGACAGUAUUUCAUGCCGGCACACCGCCUGCAACUUUACAAGGCGCAGGUUCGGCCUCACAUGGAAUACUGUUCCCAUCUCUGGGCAGGGGCUCCCCAGUGCCAGCUCCUUCCACUUGACCGCAUCCAGCGCAGAGCGGCUCGAAUCGUCGACGACCGAGCCCUUUCCGAUCGGCUCGAUUCAUUGGCACUGCGAAGAGAUGUUGCAUCUCUUUGCAUUUUCUUUCGCAUCUACCAUGGGGAGUGCUCUGAGGAAUUGUUCGGAUUAAUCCCAGCCGCCAAAUUUCACGAACGCACAUCGCGGCAGAACUCCCGAUACCAUCCACACCAUCUGGAUGAUUGGCGGUCCACCACUGUGCGAUUUAGAAGAUGUUUUCUUCCUCGCACAACUUCCUUGUGGAAUAGUUUACCACCAGGGAUUUUUCCGGACCGAUACGACUUAGGGACCUUCAAGAAAAGAGCCUACUCCUUUUUAAAAGGCCGGCAACGCAUCUGCAAUUCCCCUGGUGUUGCGGUUGUUCAUGGGCGGCGGUAG